AACUCGUGCCCGGACGACUCCCCGCUGAAGAAGGCGCUUCUCCAGCAGCCCGGAGAGUCAGGGUACACGUUCAUAGACCGCGAUGGUCGCCAUUUCCACUACGUGCUCAACUUCCUGCGGGACGGCUCCGCGAGGUUCGCGAAGCCAGUCGACGCGGCGUCGGCCAGGGAGCUCUACGUGGAGGCUUGCUACUACAAGCUCUGGGACUUGGCGCUCGCCAUCCAGGAGGCCUACCCGGGGGCGCCACAGCCCGACAACGAGCAGGCUCGAUUGGCUAGGCUGAACGAGCUCGGCAUCAUGCACACGGACGAAACAGAGAGCGCGUACGACCACAUCACCACCCUUUGCAAGUCUCUCCUCGACAUGCCCAUCGUUCUCGUGAGCCUGGUGGGCGAAGACCACCAGUGGUUCAAAUCGAGGUGUGGGCUUGGAGCCACCCAAACGCCCAAGAACACCAGCUUCUGCGCGUUCAGCUUUUUGCCCCAGGACCCACAAGUAUUAGUGAUCGAGGACGCCGUCAACGACUUCAGGACAUGCAGCAACCCGUUGGUUAUCGGAGAGCCGUUCAUCGGCUUCUACGCGGGCUGCCCCUUGGUAACCUCCGACGGUUUCCGCCUGGGCGCCCUGUGCGUGAUCGAUCACAAGCCCCGGAAGCUCGCGCAAUGGCAGUACCAGACCCUGGUAAACCUUGCCCACAUCGUUGUCCAGGAGAUCCAGCGAGCCGAGCUGGAGAGGGCAACUAAUCUGGCCGACGCCACGGUCGUGGAGGAGUGCGAGGUCCAUCAGUCCAAUGACAGCGUCGCCUCGAGGAGGGAAGCCUGGCGUGCCUUCGGCAGCGCCCCGACGCGGGCGCUGAGCCGCUUCGGCUCGGGGCUGCCGCGGCUCGGCAGGAUGAAGGAGUCCCUCCGGGAGAUGACCUGCCUG